AUGACAUCAUUUGUGUUCUUCUACCUCGGUAUCGGCGGGGUAGUAGCGCACGGUAUCCCUCAUUCCUUCUCCUCCUCCUCCUCUUCGUCCUUCUGGGUCUCCAGCAACAACAGAGGACAUCCAGCUUCGCUUGAUGACCCAACUGAAGACGACAUCGAUGUCGUGACGGGAAGUCAGUUUCACGGACUCAAGACGUUCGCCAGCCUUCCGUAUGAUUCGAUUACUACACGGGUCACCGCUCCCAGAUUCCAACUAACUCGAUGUAAUGGUUGGUUACUUGCAGACGAAGAUGCAUUGCAUGAAUGGGCUACCAUCGUGGACUGCGGCGACGCAACCUUGACCUGGCUCGACAAUACCGUUGCCUUCAAGCAUCUCGACAAGGCGCAUCGAGUCAUAUCCGGGCGGCCCACCGCCAACGACACGGUUGCAACGGUGCCGAGAAUAUUGACGUUGGGUGGUGAUCACAGCACCACUCUUUCGGCACUGCGAUCAACGUUUCGACGAUGGGGUCAGGUGUCCGUGAUACAUUUGGAUAGUCACAUCGACACAUGGAGUCCUGACGUUCUCGGAGGCAUCUCUGACUAUGCAGGUCUCAACCACGGAACCUUCCUUCACAUUGCCCACGAAGAAGGCUUAAUCCGCAACACCUCCAUCCACGCCGGCACUCGCGGCCCUAUUAUCAUGCACAGUGACCGUGAUAACGACAAGCGCUGCGGCUUCGCCGUCAUCACAGCCCGGGACAUUGACAAGCACGGUAUCGACUGGAUCAUCUCCGCCAUCAAGGCCCGAGUGGGUAACUCGAGGGUGUACAUCAGCGUCGAUAUUGACGUUCUGGAUCCGGCAUUUGCUCCGGGCACGGGCACCGCUGAGCCAGGUGGCUGGUCGACGAGGGAAUUGCUGACUAUCAUUGACGGGCUGAGAGGCUUAUCUGUCGUCGGAGCCGAUGUGGUUGAGGUGAGUCCGGUUUAUGAUAAUACGGGGGAGACGACGGUCCUGGCGGCUGCGCAGGUUGGGCUGUCGCUCAUUAGUUUGAUGGUUGCCAAGCCGGUGAGUGACUGA